AUGGCACAGAACAUGACAAAGGACUUCUAUGUCGGCAUCUCCACCGCUGCCCUGCUGUUGCUGCUGCUUCUGUGCACCGCGGUUUUCACCAGUUACAUCCUUAUGAAAAAGAAGUCGGGGUCUCUAAGUGUGGACACCAUCAACCCACAGUUUCUGCAGACACCAUUGAACCCAACUCAUGUCUCAGCUGCCACCAUUUACUGCGUUUCUUCUCCUGUGACUCCUUUUUCUGGUUGGCUAAAUCUUCUUCAGCUUUGUUCAAAUUUCAUCUUCUCUGUGAGAUUAUUGGAAAGUCCGGUCACCAUCAGGAUGCAUUCACAAGUCCUCGUUUCAGGCCUCUUACUCCUUCUCCCAGCGGCUGUGGGUUCUUUCCCAGAAGUGCGUGGAGUGGUGGGUCACCCUGUGACACUGCCAUGUUCUUAUCCGGUGUCUGAUGGGAUCGCCUUCAUGUGUUGGGACCGAGGGGAAUGUAGGGAUAUAUGCAGACAAACACUCAUCUGGACCGAUGGACACAGAGUCUACUAUCGGGCAGACCGUCGCUACAAGCUGAGGGGGCAGCUUCUUCAAGGAAAUGUGUCCUUGACUAUAGAGAAUGCCACUGAGAGGGACAGUGGGCUCUACUGCUGUCGAGUGACGAAGAAGGGAUGGAAUGGCGUACAGAGGCUGACCACCUCACUGCAAGUUCAGCCAGUUUACACUGAAACUGUGACAUCUUCACGAUGCCCUUGGAAUAAACACACUGAAGCGGUCCCCACACCACACGCCCUGAUGAUCCCCACUAAGGGCCUCUACAUCGGAAUCUCCGUGUCUGUUGGGCUGUUGCUUCUCACAGGCGUCCUGAUGAUCUUAACUUCUGUGUAUCCUCGAGCUCAGAAGACCGGUGGAGACGAGAGAAUUGAAAAGUUGAAGGUAGAGGAGCUACAUUUCUACAUCAGCACCUUUGCUGGGCUGCAGCAAUAUGGUUAUGCCAAAGUUAAUCACUUGAUCUUAGCCAAACUCUCCCGACCUGCUGUUGGCUGA